AUGGCCUUCGCCGUCACGCCGCUUCGGGCGCCUGCUGCCCUGCCCGGAUGGAGGCGGCGCUCAGGGGCAACUCCUCCGCGGUUCGCCGUCGUUCUGGCGACGUCUAGCGGAGUCGGCGGCGAACGGACCCCGCCGACGUUCGCGCGCCUAAGGGAGGAGCUCCUCCAGCUCCAUGCCGAAGCCGACCUCACCCAAUCCAAAGGUAACAUGUCUGUCACUGGAACGCUCAAUGUUGUGCUCAUGGGACCGGAGCGUGCUCCUGUUUCACUGUCCAAAUGUUCUGAUACUUCCUACUACAGCAAGCGUGGCUCCCAAAGGGUGCAGUUUGAUUUAUCUCCGGUAGCGCUGACCUAG